CUGACAUUUUGGCCAAUUGAUUUCGUCGUAGUCAGUGCAUUGAUUGGAAUCGGGCUGCGGAUUUGCCCGAAGCGAGGCCUCCCGUUCAGCUGGUGGCCCCACCCCCCUCCCCCUCGCUUCCCCGAGGCGAUAGAGCUUUCUCGAUCCCGCGGAGGAGUCCAGCCGUUCAUGCAUCCGGUUCUCCAAUGUGGUCGUUGGAGGAUUGUUAUUUAUGACUUCUGGCCUGCCAUUGCUGUCAUCCUCAGAUCCUCCACCGGUGGCGCAAUCUUCUAAGCCUGAUAAGAGUGUAGGCACCUUUGGAUGUCUCUGCCGGGAUGCUUCGUUCACGUCGUCUAUUCUCGAUGACAAACAGAGCAAUUUGACAAGCGAAGAAGGAGACUCAUCGCCUUCAGACAUCUUUCCUGAUAAACCACUUGCACGAACCUAUCGACCUGCAGCGAAGAAGCAGUUUUAUUCAGCUGACUUGCACCAUCACCAGCGGUUUCCAUUGGAAUGCCCCACGCAGGGAAGGAAAGGGCAGGUAGCGUGGGGUUCAAUGGAGCUGCCCAGAUCUAACAACAACAGUUUCGCCACUUUUGAAAUUUCUGGGGCCUCCUCGGUGGCUCAGAACAAGAGGAGUAAGUCUGAAAGAGUACGGCACAAAAGUACGCAGUUUGAAGAGAACCUGUUUCAUGAAGAGAACUCCAGAUUGAUUUAUAUCGAUGAUCCAAGGAGGACAAAUGACACUUACGACUUCUCUGACAAUGAAAUCCGAACUAGCAGAUAUACUAUCAUCACUUUUUUGCCUAAGAAUCUCUUCAUUCAAUUCCAUCGCGUUGCAUACCUAUAUUUCCUUGCCAUUGCUGCUCUCAAUCAACUCCCUCCACUUGCAGUCUUCGGGAGAACGGUGUCUCUUUUCCCCCUUCUCUUUGUGCUUUCCGUCACGGCUGUUAAGGAUGGCUAUGAGGACUGGCGAAGGCACAGGUCAGACCGGAAAGAGAAUAAUCGGGAAGCACUAGUGCUUCAGGGAGGUCAGUUUAAUUUGAAGAGAUGGAAAAAUAUACAAGCAGGCGAGGUGGUGAAAAUUUGUUCGGAUGAAACAAUUCCAUGUGACAUGGUUUUGCUGGGAACAAGUGACCCUAGUGGGCUUGCGUACAUUCAGACAAUGAAUUUGGAUGGCGAGUCCAACCUGAAGACGAGAUAUGCAAGGCAGGAAACUGCUUCAGCUGUGUUUGAAGGUUGCGGGAUCUCUGGAGUGGUUACUUGCGAGCAACCAAACAGAAACAUCUAUGAAUUCACAGCGAACAUGGAGUUUAAUGGGAAUAAAUUUUCUCUCAGCCAGUCUAACAUUGUUUUGCGAGGUUGUCAGUUGAAGAACACAGAGUGGGUGAUUGGUGUUGUCGUGUACACUGGACAGGAAACAAAAGCCAUGCUGAACAGCGCAGCAUCCCCUUCCAAGAGGAGUAAACUAGAAAGUUAUAUGAACAGGGAAACCAUGUGGCUGUCGAUUUUUCUUUUCAUCAUGUGUGUGGUUGUGGCAAUUGGAAUGGGGUUAUGGCUUGUACAACACAAGUAUCAGCUUGAUACUUUGCCGUUCUACAGAAAGAGAAAUUUCAAUAUGGGAAAAGAUGACGGGAAGACAUACAAGUAUUAUGGAAUUCCCAUGGAGACUUUCUUUUCAUUCCUCAGUUCUAUCAUAGUAUUUCAGAUAAUGAUUCCAAUAUCUCUUUAUAUUACGAUGGAAUUAGUUCGAUUAGGACAAUCCUAUUUCAUGAUCGGAGACAAUCAUAUGUAUGACUGUAGUUCUGGAUCAAGGUUCCAGUGUAGAUCAUUGAACAUAAAUGAAGAUUUGGGCCAGAUACGCUAUAUCUUCUCUGACAAGACUGGCACAUUAACUGAAAACAAGAUGGAAUUCCGAAAAGCUAGUGUCUGUGGUAAGAGCUAUGAGAGUUCUUUGCCAUCGCUGGAGACCAGCAUUACAGAGAGAGGUAUGGGGACACCAAGGUGGAAGCUCAAGUCAGAAAUCGCUGUUGAUCCUGAACUUAUGAAGUUAUUGCACAAAGAAGUAAUUGAAGGAGAAAGGCUUGCCGCACAUGAGUUUUUCCUGACACUAGCUGCAUGCAACACCGUGAUCCCAAUCCUACAAGAUGACAUGGUAACAAUUGAUUAUCAGGGUGAAUCUCCAGAUGAGCAGGCACUAGUUGCUGCUGCAUCUGCUUAUGGAUACACUCUUUUUGAGCGAACAUCUGGGCAUAUUGUUAUUGAUGUGAAUGGCAAGACACUAAGGUUGGAUGUUUUGGGACUGCAUGAGUUCGAUAGCGUGCGCAAAAGGAUGUCUGUUGUUAUAAGGUUUCCCAACGAUGCUGUGAAAGUGCUUGUGAAAGGAGCUGACACCUCUAUGUUCAGUGUUAUUUCGAAAGAUACUGAAAGAGAUGAUCAUAUAUGGCAAGAAACUCAAGAACAUCUGAUUGAGUAUUCAUCAGAAGGUCUACGUACACUUGUCGUUGCAGCAAGAGAUCUUACUGUUGCAGAACUUGAGCUGUGGCAGUCAAGGUAUGAAGAUGCCAGCACUUCCUUGACAGAUAGAGCUGCAAAGCUUCGUCAAACGGCUGCUCUCAUUGAGUGUAACCUAAAUCUUCUUGGUGCAACUGCAAUUGAAGACAAGUUGCAAGAUGGAGUUCCUGAAACCAUCGAGUCUCUCCGGCAAGCGGGAAUUAAGGUCUGGGUUCUGACUGGAGAUAAGCAGGAAACAGCGAUUUCUAUUGGACUCUCUUGCAAGCUACUGACGAUGGACAUGCAACAAAUCAUCAUUAAUGGCAUCUCAGAGGCUGAGUGCAGAAAUCUUUUAGUUGGUGCCAAAAACAAGUAUGGAGUGAAAUCAUUGAGUAGAAGAAAUGAAGAUUUUGGAAGGGGAAGUAAUUCUGAAAAUGGCUAUCAUGAGGUCUCUCUUCAUACAAAGUCUUCCCAGAUUCCCCAGUGGACUGUUUUCAAGGAAGAAGUCAAACCAAACGCGCCACUGGCACUCAUUAUUGAUGGCAACAGUUUGGUUUACAUUUUGGAGAAAGAUUUGGAGUCAGAGCUUUUUGAGCUGGCAACUUCAUGUAGUGUUGUCCUGUGCUGUCGUGUUGCACCCUUGCAAAAAGCUGGGAUAGUUGACUUGAUUAAGAGCAGGACCGAUGAUAUGACACUGGCUAUUGGUGAUGGGGCAAAUGAUGUAUCCAUGAUCCAAAUGGCUGAUGUUGGUGUUGGAAUAUGCGGUCAGGAAGGGCGUCAGGCAGUCAUGGCAUCAGAUUUUGCUAUGGGGCAAUUUCGGUUUCUGAAAAGAUUACUUCUGGUGCAUGGUCACUGGAAUUACCAGCGAAUUGGUUAUCUCGUUCUGUACAACUUCUACCGAAAUGCUGUUUUUGUCUUGAUGCUUUUCUGGUAUAUUUUGUGUACAGCCUUUUCAACUACUUCUGCCUUAACCGACUGGAGUAGUGUGUUCUAUUCUGUCAUAUACACUUCAGUUCCAACAAUCGUAGUUGGCAUUUGGGACAAGGACUUGAGCCAUAAGACACUUUUGCAGUAUCCGAAACUUUAUGGUGCUGGGCAUAGACACGAGGCUUACAAUUUGCAUCUUUUCUGGAUUACGAUGAUUGAUACACUAUGGCAGAGUCUUGUUUUGUUUUACAUACCGCUGUUCAUGUACAGUGAGAGCUCAAUUGACAUAUGGAGCAUGGGCAGUUUAUGGACCAUAUCAGUUGUUGUUCUCGUCAACAUUCACUUAGCUAUGGACAUUCAAAGAUGGGUAUCGAUCACGCAUAUUGCUGUAUGGGGAUCAAUUGUCAUUACAUAUGCCUGUAUGGUGGUUUUAGAUUCCAUUCCGGUCUUUCCGAAUUACUGGACCAUCUAUCAUCUGGCAAAAUCACCUUCAUAUUGGCUCACCAUUUGCCUAAUAAUCGUAAUAGCAUUACUCCCUCGAUUUCUUUUCAAAGUGGUGCGGCAAACUUUUUGGCCUUCUGAUGUCCAAGUGGCUAGAGAGGCUGAGAUCCUAAAAAGAUGGCCCGAUCAUUUGGUUUCUAAAGGAAAUCGAACUUCCACGUGACAUGCACUGUGUUUGGAGACAAAGCCAAUUCAAGAGCUUCCCUUGUGCUGGUCUGUUGUACAGCUCUCUUGAAACGCAUUGAAUAAAGCUAUGGUAAGUAUGCAACUGUUGAACCGGCUCAUGGUAUACAGAAAAUGAAGACCUGCUUUUUAUAGCAUAGAAGUGUGAAGUGCAACAUUUUUCUUGGCCAAAUAGGGAAGACAUUCGACAGAGCCGGGAGAGCUGUUUGGCAGCGUGGAAAAUGAUUCACGUCGGGGCUCUGGGGGGGUUGGGGGGGAGGUUGAGAGAGUGGCUCAGGGAUACUGAUGAAUGUAACUUAAGAUGUUGAUUGGGCCGUUUUGGUGGAAGGGGAAUUUUACGCCGAGUGUAUCAUGAUGGUACUUGUUUAGGGCAUUGAAUACAGAGGAAGGAAUACGAGAAAAGAGAGUACAUAAUAGUUUGUAAAGAAAGCGGUCCAGUAACCGAAAAAGGAAAAAGUCUUGAAUCUUUGAGACUUCGAAGUGUGGAAGUGUUCAGAGAUGUUCUAUUUA